AUGGCCUCUAUACUAGUGUGUAUUUGUGCAAUUGCUAUUUCAAUCUAUAUAGGAUAUGGUGAGGCUCAGCUGACCCCGACGUUCUACAAUGAAGCAUGCCCCGAUGUGAAUCUCACUAGCAUUGUCCGUGGAGUCAUUCAGGAAGCUUUGCAGACGGAUCCACGCAUCGCUGCAAGCCUCAUUAGGCUUCACUUCCAUGAUUGCUUUGUCAAUGGUUGUGAUGCAUCAAUUUUGCUGGACAACAGUAGCAGUGUCGAUGGCAUAGACAGUGAGAAAGCAGCCUUUCCGAAUGUUAAUUCAGCGAGAGGAUUUGAUGUUGUGGACAAGAUUAAGACUGCAUUGGAGAAUGCUUGUCCCAGCACGGUUUCUUGUGCUGAUAUUCUUGCCAUUGCAGCAGAAGAGUCUGUUUCUUUGUCUGGAGGCCCCUCAUGGACAGUACUGCUAGGAAGAAGGGACGGAACAACAGCAAACCGAACCGCUGCUAAUGAAGCCCUUCCAGCUCCCACUUCAAACCUUGAUGUACUCAAGUCCAAGUUCUCAGCUGUAGGCCUAAACACCACCGAUCUGGUUGCACUAUCCGGUGCUCACACAUUUGGACGCGCCCAGUGUCAGUUUUUCACUGAUCGAUUAUACAACUUCAACAACACAGGGAGUCCUGACCAAACCUUAAACUCGACCUACAUAGAAACCUUGAGUGACAUAUGCCCACAAAAUGGGAAUGGGAGUGUCCUGGCCAAUUUUGAUCCCUCAACACCUGAUAGUUUCGACAGCAACUAUUUCUCUAAUCUUCAAGUUCAUAAAGGUCUACUGCAAAGCGACCAAGAGCUGUUUUCGACUAGCGGGGCUGAUACCAUUGACAUAGUUAACAACUUCAGCGUUAAUCAGACCACAUUCUUUGAGAGCUUUGUGGAAUCGAUGAUUAAAAUGGGGAAUAUAAGCCCCUUGACAGGAACUGAUGGAGAGAUUCGAUUGAACUGCAGUAGGGUUAACGAAGAUUCAUUUGGAUCAUCUGCUGCUUUGCUAGCUGAGUACUAAACUACUCAUAAGAAGCUAAGGCUACCUAGUUACACUAGCUAGUUGAGCUUUA